GCCUGAGCCUGAGCCUGAGCCUGAACCUGCGCUUUAAAAGGGUUGUCUCACCCCUUUGAACAGAAAAGAAAGAGACGACAGGGAAGAUAGAGUAUUCAUUCGUUAAUCACAGUCACUCGUUAAGACUCAACUACUCGAUAAUUUAAUUCUAUACACUCGUUAAUCAUGGCCGCCAAGUUCCUCACUGCGGCUCUCAUCGCCGCUGUCCCAGUCCUGGCCAAGACCGAUCUUGCAGGAUGCACCAGCUACGACACGGUUCUCAGCAACGCCAAUGGGAUGUACGCGUCUCGAAUCUGGUACGUCCCUGACACGGGCGAGCUGUGCGACUUUCUCGACUGUGGCGGUGGCCGAGCUCCCCCCAAGACCACUGUUCCCGGAUGCCCUGGCUACGUCGGCACCGCGACCUACUCUCCUCUCUUUAUCAACCCCAAGACUCUCGGUGGUGCUGUUCCUGAGGAGACUGGUGAUUCUUCUCCCACGAGCACUGAGGAUGGUGUGAGCGAGUCUGCUACUAUCACGGCGGCGCCUACUACCGAGACUGAGGAGAGUGCUUCAACUACUGAGGCUGAGCCCGAGACUGAGUCUGAGACUAAGAGCAAGGAUGAUGAAGAGACUUCGACCGAUAAGGCCAAGGACACAAAGACUAUCACCACUCUUGCUACUCACGCAACUCCCUCUGCUUCGUCCGGAGCCGAGACCGGUUCCGCUGCUGCCUCCGCAUCCGGAUCCGAUUCUCACUCCGUUUCGCACUCCGACUCCAGCUCCGAGACCGACGCCGCUGCUACCCCGGCCUCUACCGUUUCCACCGCCGGUGCCGUCAUGCCCACAGCCGGAGCCUUCCUCGCUCUCGCCGGCGCCGCUAUGUACGCCGGAAUGCUCUAGAUAUAUAGAUAAGAAACCUGGAUCUAGUCUUGUAGAAAAUAUAGUCCAUCUCGGAUAUGCUUGCCUAUUUAUACAAUGCCUCCCUCGGCCGCCUUUACCCAUCUAUAACCUGGCCAGCUGGCCUAUUCCGCCUGCUCUCAAAUUCCGCCGACCUCCCGUGACGGGCGUAGUCACCCUCCCCCUCCGCCUCCGCCGUAGAUCCCGGGGUUCCACCACGACGAGCAAUAGGGCGUUGAAGCUGAUAGGUCCACCAACCAAUACGCGGUGUAAAAUGACAAGAUUUAGUAUUCAAUGGGCGUCUUAGCCUUACAAGAACAAUGUAGAUACAGAUACGUUCGAUCUGUGCCUUGCUUUAUGGGUUGCAUAUAAGAUGUCAGCAAGACAUGACACGGAGCCAUGAUUUCAUAGUAG